AGUCACUUUUAUAGGGUGAAAUAUAUCUCUAACUGCAUCACAUUACAUAGAGACACUUGGCAUGGGAUGUGAUACCAACAAAUGGAAAGCUAGGGCCUUCUGAGAGCUGGAUGGCUCAGGCCAGCUGCUUCCUUGGAGUUCCUGGACCAGCAUCUACUCGUGAGGAGGAAUCUCUGAAUUUUAAGGCCUUUCUCCUGCUUUGCAGGACUGCUUGGGCCUUGCAAGUUUUCAGUUGACCAAAGAAAUGGUGAUGGAGAAGCCAAGUCCCCUGCUGGUCGGGCGGGAAUUCGUGAGGCAGUACUAUACUCUGCUGAACCAAGCACCUGACUAUUUGCACAGGUUUUAUGGAAAGAACUCUUCCUAUGUACAUGGUGGCUUGGAUUCCAAUGGAAAGCCAGCUGAUGCAGUCUAUGGGCAGUCUGACAUCCACAAGAAGGUGCUGUCAUUAAACUUCAAGGACUGCCACACGAAGAUUCGUCACGUGGAUGCCCAUGCGACCCUCAACGAUGGGGUUGUUGUCCAGGUGAUGGGAGAGCUCUCCAAUAACAUGCAGCCCGUGCGCAGAUUCAUGCAGACGUUUGUGCUUGCACCUGAGGGUUCUGUUGCAAACAAGUUCUAUGUCCACAACGAUAUCUUCCGCUACCAAGAUGAGGUUUUUGGUGACUCGGACACUGAGCCUCCAGAGGAAUCGGAGGAGGAAGGGGAGGAACCUGAGGAAAGACAGCAGACACCUGAGGCUGUUCCUGAUGAUACUGGUGCUUAUUACGAGCAGACUGUCAGCAAUGACAUUGAGGAACACCUGGAAGAAACUGCUGCAGAAGCAGAACCUGAGCCAGAGCCAGAACCUGAACAGGAACCUGAACCAGAGGUGCAGGAAGAAAAACCUGAGCCGGUGUUAGAGGAGGCAGCUCCAGAAGAGACUGUGGAAAAGAGUCCUUCUCCAGCUCCUGCUGAUCCAGCCCCUGCAGUGCAAGAGGACUCAAGGACAUUUUCCUGGGCAUCAGUAACCAGCAAGAACCUCCCUCCCAGUGGAGCUGUUCCAGUAUCAGGAAUACCACCUCAUGUGGUGAAAGUACCUGUCUCACAGCCCCGCCCUGAGGCAAAGCCUGAAUCCCAGACCCCACCUCAGAGACCUCAGAGGGAUCAGCGAGUGAGGGAGCAACGAACAAGCAUCCCACCACAGAGGGGUCCUAGACCAAUUCGUGAGGGUGAACAAGGUGAUGUGGAAACCAGACGGAUUGUGAGAUACCCAGACAGCCAUCAGCUCUUUGUUGGAAACCUUCCUCACGAUGUGGAUAAGACUGAACUUAAAGACUUUUUCCAAAAACUUGGCUUUUCUCUUGCAGGCUAUGGCAAUGUUGUUGAACUCCGCAUCAACAGUGGUGGAAAGCUCCCCAAUUUUGGGUUUGUGGUAUUUGAUGAUCCUGAACCAGUUCAGAAGAUCCUUAGCAACAGGCCCAUCAUGUUCAGGGGAGAGGUGCGCCUGAACGUGGAGGAGAAGAAAACCCGAGCUGCCAGGGAGGGUGACCGCAGAGAUAACAGACCCCGUGGACCUGGAGGCACUCGUGGGGGGCUGGGAGGUGGGAUUCGAGGGCCUCCACGUGGAGGAAUGUCCCAGAAGCCAGGAUUUGGAGCUGGAAGGGGGAUCGGGCAACGCCAGUGAAUGCAUCCCGGAUGUUGACGUGGUGGCGCAAACCCUUUUUCCUGCAGAUUUGUGAAUUUCAGCCUUGGGUAUCUUGGAAUGUGGCCCUAGCCUGUUAUAGACUGCUACGUUUGAUACUAUUUUGGCCCCUUUUUGUUUGUGUUAUGGUUUUGUGAUUUAUUUUUUUUCUAGUCCUUGUCCCAGAUUCCAGCUUUGUGGAACAACGUUUUAGGAAAAGUGGAUUUUAAAAAGAACAGAACUGCAUUUUCUUGUUCACCUCAAACUUAUGGACUGGAUUUUUUUGGUACCAGUGGUUUUUCCUAAAGGAAUGUCUUUCUUUUUUUCUUUUUUCUUUUUUUUUUUAUCCCCCUUUCUACUGAAUUUGGGUGCAUUUCAGUCAGUGGAAUAAUAUUUCACAUGCAUGCGUUCAAGAGCCUGUAGGAAAACAUAAUACUGGCAAGUAUUUCAAGGGCAGAAAACCAAAACUUUUGAUUUAUUCUCUGAGGGUCAUCUGAACAUUCUCUGGUCCGGAGACAUUGCCACUUGAAAAAUUGACAUUCACCUUUCUCUUUGUGGCGCUGUAAAAGUGGAAUAAUGGGUAUCCAUAGAAUUUUUUUUCUUUUUUUGAUACAUGAUCACGGAAAGGAAUUCGAACUACUGUUUUACCACUUCAAAAUUUUGGAUUGUGGGAUAGGUUUUAAAUGUCUAGAACUUGACUCUUAAAACACUUUUCCUGAACUUGUGAAAUUUUUUAUUGAAAUAGGGAGUUUUUUUCAUGUUUAGUUUGUAUUUGUAUAAAAAAAAAAAAAGCAAAAUUGUUGUGCCUUCUAUUUAUCUCUCAUUCCAGUCUUGGCAAAUUGUUUAAAAAAAAAUAAAAUAAAAAAGGUCUAGAUUUGCUUUAUCAAGUUAAAGAGUAUGUUGGAGUUUUUCCAAGGGGAAGAGGUGCUUCCUUCAGUCACUAGGUUUACUAGGUAGAGGUGGUUAUAGCUGAGGCUUUUAAUGUCUCCUGUUGAUUAGUUUGGCUGCAUUUAAACAAUUGAAAACAAUACUUUUUUGGAUUAAUUUCAUCUGCUGCUUCUGCCAGACCCGAAGUGGAUGAAUGGUUUUUUUGUCAGAAGUAUAGAAGGUGCCUGUCUGUCCUUGUGUUAAGAUGCUGAAUGCUCUCCACUGCCUCUGAAAGAAGAUGAAACUAAAAAUACAGAAGUGGGUAAUUUCAGUCAAGAGAGCUUGUAAGAUUGUGCUGCACAAAGCAGUGUUACUCCAGUAAUGUGUGGUGUUAAACAUUGGGUGAAAGUGGCAGGUGUGACUUUACACCAGACUUCCAGAGCUCUUAGUAAUACAAGAGAUAAUCUACCAGAUUUCAUUGUUUGUGUUUUCUUGAUUUAUUAAUAUAAUCACUGUGCAUCUGCAGUAUCUCUCACCUAAUCUUUGCCUGCUUUAAAGUUAGAGCACAGCUGCCCUUGUGCAAAGGGCAGACAGGUAUUAUCUGUUCCAGAACAGUAUUUUUUUUUUCUUGCCAAACUUAGUGGUUAAGCCUGGUUCUACUAAAUGUCAGUAAUCUUCAUCUAUGCCAUUUGCCCCUUCCCUCCCUAUGAAUGUUUCUGAGAUUGAUGCUUACAAACCUGUUCCUGAAGUCUUAACAGUCUCAGUGAACUGAAGGAGAGUGCAGUGUGACAGCAAUAGCUGUGGUAUCCUCUCAACAGCCAGCAUGCUGGAAACACAUACUGCUUCCUCUUGUGGUGAUAGCUGGUAUUUUUUUAAAGAAAAAAGGGUUUCUGCAUUUUUCCUGUUGGGAAUGACUGAGGUGAAGGUAUGUAGUGGAUGUCUUUCACUGAACUCUGUCCUUGUAGUUUGAUUUAUUUCUUAUUUCUUGGGUUUCUACUGUUCUUUGUGUUAAAUCCAAGACUGCAGUAACAGGUUGCACUUCAGACUCAUCAAAGUGCUAUUAAUAUAUAAGCUCUUACAGCUUGUACCCGAAUUUACAAAAGCACCUGAAGCACCAUUUCUGUGGUGGGAGUUGGACAGUUUUGGUUUAUUGUUGUCUGAUUUGAGCAAGAGCUUGAGGAAUUUCAGUGAAGAAUUGGAACGCCUAUAAGGUGGAGUGCAUUCUUGUUAUAUGAGUCAUAUUCUCAAUAUGUUGACCCAGAAAAUGAUGUUCUUGUUCACGGCGACAGGCAAAAUAAAACAUUUACAUAAAGGCU